UAAAUGUAAACAAAGGAGCUUGUUGACAUCUUCACGACUUCACAGGAGGGUAGAGGUCAGACAGAUUCAAGUGAACGACAACAGACAUUCGUGUUUAAGAGCCCUGGACCCGAGACUAAUAUGCCAACUAACUGAAUGUUUUUUGUGCAUCUUUUAGAGAAGUACUGAUAUGAUGGAUCAUGAUAUUGGUUAUCCAUGAUGUAUUUGAGAGUGAUCAUUACAUGCAGUAUUGCACUGACUUAUUGUUCCUAAGCAAAUGUCAUGGGAUCGCAGAGCACGUCAGUAUCAAAAAUUUUUGAAGUCUUUAAAGCGACCUGAAUCAAGUCUUUGCUCAUGUCCUUUUCAUAUUCAUCCAAGACAUUGGAUUCCGCCUCCAUGCAUGACUUCGAGAGCACAAGAAGAAGAACGAUUUUAUCAUCAUAGGCGAGUGUUGUCCAAUCCAGAACUUAAAAUGCGUUCAUCUACAUUACAGACAAGACUAGAUGACAGUGAACAUCAGCAGGAGUCACUACAGCAUCUGUACAAUGAAGCAAGAAUUUUAAAGGAGGCCUUCAGCAAGUUUCGACAUGGUGACGCAAUAACAAGAGAUUCCCGGAAAGUUAUUAAGAAAUGGAGUGGAACACCUCCACCACAGAAGAAACAUAGUGAAGCAGAGUCCCAAAGCCAGGGUGCUGAUGCUAGUGAACAAUUAGCAGAACUUGACCGAAGUUUUGCUGAAGCUGUUCAAAAAGAAGAAGCCCUUAAAGAAGAACUUAGAAAAAUGAGGGAGAUGGCACAGAAGAGAGCAUCCUUUGAAGAGGAGAAUAAAAAGCUGAAGAAAAAGAUUCGUCAGUUGCAGCACCGCAUUAAGAGACAAGAUGAAGCACAACGUGCAAGCCAUGAAAGUCUUCAAGCAGAACGAGAAAUGGGCAGUAGAGAUGAAUAUAUUUUGCUGUCACUGAAGAAAAAAUAUGAUGACCUUUUGCAAUAUGUACUAAAGGUUGAAUCUGAAAACCAGAAACUCAAAAGCCUGCAUGGAAUGUCAGGUGAUGGAGAUGAAUUUUUACACGACUAUGACAGGCGAAAUAGUGACUGUGAACAUCAUGAAAUCAUUAGACUUCAAGCAAACCUUGAGACGUUACGUUCUGAAAUGAUUAAAAAGGAUGGUUAUAUUGCAGAAUGUGAAGAGCGAUUACAGGCAAUGGAAGCCUUAAAGGAAGAAAAUCUUACACUUCAUAAGUCAUUAAAAAGUACUCAUGAGAGAGCCACACAGCCUGAUCCUCGGGAUAUAAGUACUGCAUUAGAGGAUGAGUGGAUGAGGAGACUUGCAGAAACACGUGAAAUGUAUGAACGUGCCAUAGAAGGAUAUCGAGAUCAGCUGCAAGAGGUGCAUGGAAAACUACAAGAGACAGAGCACAGUCAUGCAUCUCACAUACAGGAACUUAUGCAAACUAUUGAUGAGCUGAAAAAAGUUGGUAGAUGGGAAGAAACAUUUGAUGAUAGAACUUCUGGUCAUGAUCAUAACAGUGAGAGAAUGAUGCACGAAAAUGAUGGUGUGAGAAGAGGAUACAGAAGUGAUGGAGAGGAAAGAGGUACAAGAACAGUAACUAUUAUGAGGGAUGAUGAUGUUAGAAGUACAAAUGUCAGGGAAGAAGUUGAAAGAAAUGGAGCUGUAGAAAAUAAUAUCCAUGAUGAAGAUAAAGUUCAAAAUGAAAGAUCCAGUAUCUCUGAGGAAACUGAAAACGAUAGAACUAGGAAAACAGUAAUUGAAGACACAGACAAAACAAAAAAUGGACAACAAGUGACUAGAGGAGAGGAAGAUGGGUUUAGAAAACAAACUGUAAUCACUGAAGACUUAAAUGAUAGGCCAGCUCUACAUGUUAGCAGUGCUGAAGGUGACAAAGCUUCAAUAUCUUCAGGAGAAGUACUACAAGGGAAUUUGAAAAAUUCUAAAAAUGUGAAGGCUCAUAAAGAAUAUAAUGUGAACAAAGAAGUAAAAUUAAGGGAAGUAAGUGAUAAAGUUACACAGACUUCUGCUACAGAAUUCCAGAAUGGAAUAGAUAAUGCUAGGUUUGAAGAUGCUCAACCUCAAGCAGAUGUUCGUGGUGCUGAAGGUGAAAUGCGAGAAUCCAAAGAAUAUCUGGAGAGGGUAAAUCACUUGGUUAAGAAACUUGAAAGUAUGAAAUUAAAUGGAGAAGGGGCUGAAGAAAUAUUGGCUGUGAUUCGAGAUACAAUCAAUGAUUGUUUACAUGAGUGGCGAGAAAGCUUCCAUCAUCAAAAAUCAUUACAGAAGGAUAGUGCUGACGAAAACAAAGGAUAUUUGGAACUCCAGAGGAAGCUACGUUCAAAAAGCAAACAAUUAGAAUCCAAACAAAAACAGUGCAAACUUCUUGAGGAACAAAAUGCAAAACUUACUCAGAAGUGUAGUAAGCUAGAAGCUCAGAUAACUGCUGCUCAAACUUCAGAUCGACUGCUUAUGCUGCAAGACUUGCCUCAGAUAUUGCAUAACACAGAACUAAAGUUGACGGAAUCUCAAGAAACUUUUCAGAGAGCACAAUUGGAAAAGAAUUCUUUACAGGAACAAAUUAUGAAUUUGAGUGAAAAGUUACACAGGAAAGAGGCCAAAUUAACAGCAGAACAUGAAAAAGUUCUUUCAAAAGAAGAAGAAAUUGAAAAUUUACAAAAAGUCAUUGCAUCUCUUAAACAUAAGGAGGAUGAAACUUCUAGGGAAGUGACAUUGUUGAGAGAACAAUUGUUAACAAAAGAUGCAUUAUUAGAACAUACCUCAGCUCAGUUAGAGGAGAGAAUUCGCGAGUGUGGUCGUUUAUCCUCACAGAUUGACAGGCAGAUGGCGCAUAGUACUGAAGAAGCAAGAUCUAUUCAGGUUCGUUUAAGUGAACAGGAGAGUUCAUCUCAUAAGCAACUAAUAGAAGCACAAGCACUGGCUUCUCGUUAUCAGGCGCAACUUUCUGUGAUGCGCUCUGAGAAAGACAAUAUUGAAAAAUCAUUAAGACAAAACAUAAGAAAACUGGAAGAACAGAUAGAUCAACUUCAACUAAAAAAUUCAACCCUUCAGAGGCAGUUAAGCACGAUCACUUCAACUUACCAUAAUAUGUUUGCUUCUGUUGAUAUCAGUCCAUUAAAUCCUCGGAAUUUUGAUGAUUCAAAUAUUAAGUAAUGUGUCUUUACAUGGUAACUUGAAAUUGUGUGAUAAAAAGUUUUUAUAAAAGUUUGUGAUAAAAGUCGUUUGCUUCAAAAAAAAAGGACAAACCUUUGUCUUUUAUGCAGGAGUAUCUCUGGCAGGAGCUGGUUCAAAUGUUGAGACUAGUAAUAAGUAUGUAAAGUUAAUGAUUAGGAGAGACUUAUCCAUUCACCUGGAUGUAUCCUCAUUUUUAGCUACCUUUUCAAGUUGGUAGACUGCUCUGUGGUCUCAGGUUUUUACUCUGGUAAUUCUGAAGUUUUGCCAUUGUGAUAUUUUAUAAACAUGGUUGGUCUGUCUGCAAGUGCCUGCUUGACUUUGCUACAUUACAGUAUUUCUGUUUAGGUUUAAGAACUUUUCAGUUGCUUUUGGUGUAGGCAUUUGUCAACCAUGAUUUUUGAUUCUCAUACAUUUUUUUUGGUUGCAAGGAUCAGGAUAAUUGUAGGGGUUUCCCCUGCAGCAAGUGUUUUGAGUGAUUGCCAUCUGUAUUGGAAGUUGGAGUGCAAUUGGACAGGGUCCAAGAAGUUGGUGAUAAUAUUGUCAGGUUUAACACACUUCCCUUUACCCCCAGUUUUCUGAGUAACCGCUGUGAUUGCUUCCUCUUGUCUUUCUCCCUGUGGUUCUUGGUUUAGGUGGGUCAUCAAGGACAGCUGUUCUUCAUCACCAUCUGCUUACCUUUGGUAAGGCUGUUGGUUGGUAAGCAUCCCUAUUACACUCAUUGAUUGUAUGCCCAAGUGUUUUGCUUUUAUCCCAGCAGGUGUUGAAUUAGGUUCUUGAGGUUCCCAUCAGAGUUCAGGGAGUUGCUGUUCUGUCUGGUUCUCCCUCUGGUUAACUGAUGAGCCUUUGUUUUAUUUUUUGGAGCUUUUACUUUGACCAAUGCUUCCUUCACUACUACUAUAGGUAAUGUUGUUCUGGCGCUUUUGGGAGCUUCAGUGCUGUUAAAGACCUGUCCACAGCCAUUUCUUUUGUUCUUCCUGAGCCACAACUGAAUUUUCUGAGCCUUUGUGGUGACUUUCUCAGCUAUUUUUGAGGGCCUGAGGAAGCUAUGCUGUAGGAAGAAAAGCAAGAACACAUGGGCUUUGUCUUCCAUUGCUUAAUUCUCAAGUUUUACUUCUUCUCCCACCUUAUCAAUGUCAUUUUCAUUCCAGUCUCCAGUCUGUAGGAGAGUCAGAAAGAAGGCUAGGCUUGAUGUAUUACCCCACAUCUUUUUAGCAGUUACCCAGCUAGUCUGACAUAUCUUUUUCCUCAGCUGCAGUAAAGAGACUUAUUCAGUUCAAUGCGUAUCCUGCGGUGGGUGGGCAGAAGGGUUUGACUUUCAAACCAUAGCAUAAGGAAUUGGAUGGCAAUUUUUUUAAAUCAGUGAACUCAUUCAUGAGCAUAGUGGUCUUGGGGAAGAAUGUAGGACAUUUACUUGCUACUUGGUAUCAUCAGUUGAGCAGUCUCACCUGAGAUGAUGUGGAGUGCUGGAGGAGGUUGAGUCUCUGAUCACAGAGUUAGAAAAUUCAUUGAAUUUGAGCCUUUCUUAAAAGCUUCCACCCCAUAUCUGUCACAUACUGUGGAAAAGAGGCAAACUGAAAUUCAGGACAUUAUUCAAUCAUGCAAUGUCUUAGAAGAUGCCUUCUAAGGUCACUGCAGCCAAGGCUUCUGACCCCAUCCAAACCACAAUCAGAUCCUCAAUAAUCUUCUUUCUGUGGAAAGUGCCAGGAGUCUUCCCAACCCAUUCAACCUAAGAAAGGGAGAGGGAUGCUGAGGUAACCAGCAUGCUUCUCUUACCACUCCAAGUUGGGAGAUAUCUGUCAUGUUGUUGGACAGAAUGGCAGUGACAAAGGGCAAAGCGUUGGGUAGUCCUAGUCCUUUGAUCUAAUUUCUGGCUUAUCCUCUAGGAUUGUUCUUAGCUUAGGUCCUGUCAGGAGAAGUGAGGCCAUUUUGGAGAAAAAUGUGGAAGUUUCUGAGGACCAUUCCCCGAGCAUCUAUAUUGGCCUCUUCCUUGUGGAGCAGGCAUUGGAAGGCUGGCAACUGACCAUCUACUUCUUAGGUGCUUACUCAAGUGUUCACUUUGGUGUGUGGUUGGCCUAUUUACAUUAGAUACACCUGUCAUCAUUAUUAAAUCUUCUUAGCCUAAUGUGGAAUCACUGAUAAUCUUGCAUAUUUUUUGAACAUUUAAUAGCAUUUGAUUAUAUGUGAAAUACAAAAGAAAUUGCUGGACAGUUUUUAUACGUGGCCAGUUAAUCCUUAGAGGAAGUGUUGCUCCAGAAUCAAGAAUAUCGCCUUUCAUUUUAUUAUGAUUUAGAAGUUGUGAUAUGCUGAGGGAAGUUGGGUCCCAAACUCAAGGAGGGAAUAAAGUACUUUGGUAUGCUGAUGGAUGGAGCAGUAAUAAGAGUCUGUCCCACAGCCUUUCGGGUCUACAAACUGAAGCACAUUUCCUGUCACAACAAAAACCUACUGCUUGACACUGGUAGAUCAUCUUGGAUUACCUGUUGCCCAUGGAGAAGCUCAUACCUCUCUGAGCAUAUCCACCUUUGCUUGCUUCAUUGUGGGCUGAAGCAGCCUUGGUUUCUUACCCCAGAUUUCCCAUCACUACAUGUGCUUCACAGCAAGGAAUUGAUGGGCAGACUUAAAUAUAGUUGCACAUCCUGCUAAGCCAAGCUUUAAGAAUAUGGGUUUCUUGUUCUCCAGAGUUUUGCUAAGGUGCCCAUUGAUUACAUGGUCUUUCAUGCUGGAGUACAAUCUCAUUUUUUUUGUUCUUCAGUUUGUGCUGAAAUUCAGAACCUAUUAGUUCCUGGACUUUGGUUUAAGAAUUUCUCCAUUAUAUCCCACCUUGACUGUGUAAACAAUGAUUUAGAUUAAAUACUUUUGUGUCUUGUGUGAAUUUCGUGAUUCAAUUCAAGAAUACUAUAUCAGUCUGGUAAAGGGGGAUUACUUUCUACCCCACACAAUAGUCCAUGAAGUCUGUGACAUAACACUGUUUCUUGUAAGCUGGAACUCCUCUUUUACUCAGGUACUGAUGGCAGAGGUCUGUAUUAGACAGACCACCUUUGCUUCAUUCUACCUGAAGGUCACUGCUGGCCAGUAUAGCUUCUCCUUAGGACCUUGUGUUGUUCAACACAUUUUACAACCUAUGCAUCUCACUUAAGGAUUCCCAAGUAUUCUUACUUGGGAAUCCUUGGCAGUUAAGGGACCACAGAUAGUUGGCCUGAUAUCUAAUGGUCAGGUUAGAUGCAGGUGAGUUACACAAUCCAUCACCUGUCUGAAUGCUACAGGCUGUGGAUGUUUUCCCAGACUCUUCCCAUGACAAAUGGAAAUGUUUAGAGUAUUUAUGUGAUAUUGGGCUAAUUGCAAUGAUAUUGCUACGUGACAUGGAUCUGCUAUAUAUUGCUGGGGUGAAGUUCUUGCAGAAAUGCCAAAUUCUGGCACAGCCUCUCAUAUUAGUAAAUGCUCAGCUGUAUAAGAGGUUAUGGUAAUUGUUCUUUCCCUACUUAUGCGCAUGAACAGGGAACUGGCAAUUUCAGGUGGAAGGUGGGGCAACAUCCUUGUAAAGUUCCAUGGGGUAGAUUUCCCACUUAGGGGGUGAUUCCUUUGUGAAAAGGUUUGUGUUCUUGUUGAAUUGAAGAAUAAUUUUUCAAGAAAAUUGCAUUUUUUCUGGGUGCAAACAUGCAGUCUUUUAUUAUAAUUCCACUUCUAGCCAUCCCCUUAUGUAGCCCAAGGAAAAGUGAAAACCCUUUCGCAUCUGCAGUUACCAAGCUUCAGUGACUGAAUCAACUUGAGCUGAAUAUACUCCUAUGUAGAAGAUGAGGUUUUGUAACUAGAAGAAAUGCAAGUUGCUUUAAAUAAAUGCCAUUUUGUACUGGUCAUUGUUUCUAUAGUUGUUGUCACUUGGGUAUUGUAUAUAUGUUUGAAGUGUUUUGUGAAACUUUAUCUACUUUUGUAUGUUUUGAAGAGGGAUGUAAAGAGUACAGUAUGUAUUUGCUUUAAAAUACAUAUUUAGUUUGCUUUAUACAGCAGUUUUAUGUAUAUUGUAUAGUCAAUAUAAAUAAAUAUAAAAUUGAUAAGUGGAACCUUCUGAGAUUAUUUCUGUUGUUUCCAUUACUCUAGAAGAAUCAUUUAAUUUAGGAUAAUAAUGAAAUGGUGCCUGAUUACUGGGUGCUGUGACUUCUUAAUAGUACAAGUCAGUUGGUCAAACUUCUAAAAAAUACUAAUUUCCUCUGGAGCUUGCUUAAAAAAUCAUUGGUGAAUAAUGAUGUAAAUAGUAGGUAAAAAGCUAAUCUAAAUGGGUUUGAGCCAAAAGAAAGGCAGCUCAAGAUCUAUAUUUCCUUAGUUUUUUUUUUAUUUCAUAUUUGUAAGCCAAGAUAAUUCUUAUACUGUAUUGUCUAAUUAUAAGGUAGAGUGGCAAAUGAGGCACACCCCAGUUUUAUGUAGGAUAUUCUGGAAAAGUAAAAAUAACAAUCUUUUUCCUUGAUUGUCACUGCCCUUCCCACUAUAUUAGGUUAUUUGAGGCUUUUUGUUUGUGUGCAUUGAAAAGUGUAAUUUUUUUUAUUGAAAAGCUGUAAUUUUUACCCAUUUGUUUGACAAAGUAUUCAUGGAAUAGCCUAUCCAAGAGAAGAAGAAAUGAUCUGGUCUUGCUGAGUGUCCAAUGCUCACACAGUAGUUUCAGCACUGUGCUGGCUAAAGCUUUCCUACAAAUGUAUUCAUUCCAUAUUUUUCCACUGUAGAACAAGCUUCCAUUUCCAGAGUAGUACUGUGUAUUUUUUUUUAUACUCCAGUUUACUUGAGUUUUCUUCACGUGUUUCCUGACAUUUCAUGUUAAUCUUAUGUGGUAGGGAUGGUCAAGAUCUUAAGAAGGUCCACAUCCAUUGAACACUUCCUUGACUGCUUUCCACCUUUCAUGUGUGUAAACCUUUUGUAUAUUAUUAUGUGAUAUUAAUAUACUCUACCUCU